AUGAACGGCUGCGGCCACUCAAAAGCCUCCGGAAAGGCACUUGGCGCGCGAACCAGGCGGUCGCUGACGUCCUCAACGCGCAUCCGGGUGCUGAUGUCACAAGCACGGAGACUGCGCCUCGGCUGGCAGUCCAUAGACUCCUUCUACCAGUCUCCUCAGGAUGUAACUGCUCCGCCUCCAACCAGACGCGGCACGCAUUACUACCGGCCGAGAAGCGCUCCGACAAUCACAAAGAGCAGGAGAAGAGCGGGAACGCGGAAAGUGACCGGAGGGGACGGCGACGACGACCCAGGGUAUGAUGAGCAGCUGCCAGGGGGUGGCGACGGGGGCGUGUUUUGGAGUGGUGGAAGUGGCGGCAGUUUUGGGGGCUCAGGUGGCUCAGGGGGGCGCUCUGGAGGCAAGUGGGGAGGAGGGAAUUGGGGCGGACGUGGAGACAGAGGCGGCGGCAAGGCGGGAGACGAGAGCUGGGGUCCUGGGGACGGCGAUGAGAGCAUAGAUUGGUCAAGGUUAGCGGGACAGUGGCAGACUGGAGGGCGGAUGAAGCAGCGGAGCCUGGAUGCUCUGUGCAGUCUGUACUAUAGGAGCUUGUGCUGGAUCUCGCUCACGAGGUGCAUCCACCACGUGCUGAGGUCACAGUUCUGCAUCUUCGACGGGGUGGCGGAAGGCAUGAAUGUGGGCGCCAGACCAGUGUUGGCGCACUGCUCAAGCGUCUUUGAAAGCAGGCUAGGUAAUUGCCGGAUGGUUGCUGCCAGCUGAUACGUCAGAGUGUACAAAGCGUUUGUACAGAGCACGAGUGUCCAUGUACAGGCUUAGGGCAGCUUCACGACAUUCUUUGCAGCCACUGUGUGUAGCAAAUGUGCGGGGGUGUUCAUAGGGUUUCAGCCUUUAGGGUUUGCCACCCAUUUUAGAGCUAGGCAGGAAGCAGAAGGACAAUGAAGUUGAUUUAACGGCAGCAUAUCUGUACAUAAAGUAGUGAAUUAGGGGUGCACAGGCUGCAAAUAAGGUUGAAAAAUGUGAUAUGUAUAGGUUUGUGUCCUAUGCAACAUGUAAAGGUUUGGAAAAAUCUCACGACUUCUUGAACAUUUGGGAAAUGUGCCUGUUUUGGCCACAUCAUGUUAGCCACUUAAUGGUCAUUUCAUUGACAAAGGUUGCUGGGUCUGGUUUUUGGUUGAUUCACAUGGCACAUUUUGUGGUA